AUGUUGCAGAUGCAGAGGGAGCUGAACACCCGGCGAGGGGAGGAUAUCAAAGACGGCAGCUCAGGCAACAGAGCCAUGCUCUCACCUCAGGACAGCCCCUGCCCAGCGCCCCGGUCGCCUCGCUCCCCGCGCUCCCCCUGUAUGUCCACCCCUGUCCUGGCCCUUCCCACACGCUCCCACUCUGACUCUGAGGCCAUGUUGGAGGAGCAGGGAGCGGCGAUGAGGCUGAAAGGUCCAACGGAGAACCUGUUCCUGGACGCGCUGUCUCUGGACCCCCUCAGCGGCCUGGAGGUCCCUCCGCCCUCCAGACUGGAGAGUGAGAAGAGGUUCCCCUGCAUGGAGGAGGCCCUCAAUGAGAUUUCGGAGAGGGAAGGGGAUCCUGGGUAUCCAGAGGAGGAGAUGGGCGGUGGGAGUCUGCUCAGGGCCAAGUCCGUCUGCUCCAUGAGCGACUUCCAGAGGCUAAUGGACAGCUCGCCGUUCCUCCCAGACAAAACUCGCCACGGGGAUCAGGGCCAAGACGACGUCACUCCUCCUCUGUCUCCAGAUGACCUCAAAUACAUCGAGGAGUUCAACAAUAAGGGCUGGGACUUCCCAUCAUCCCCCUCUGGCUCGGUUCCUGCUCGGGAGGUGUGGACAGACAAUAUCUCAGAGACCCGUGGAGUCGAACCUGUUCCCGAUCCCUUCAAGCCACCUUCCUGGUUCCUCACCACCAGCGCCACCUUGACCACCAGCACCCUGAGCAGCCCUGAGCACUGCCACAAGUCCCCGCUGAAGGGCAACGGAGCAGGGUCUGCAGGGGGGGGAGUGGAGCACUAUGGGGUGCACCUCCUACACAGCCCCACCAGACUUGGAGGAGCUGAGCGAGCUACUGCCCAAGACCCAGAAUUCCUGUACGCCAAGGGGACCAAAGCCAGGGGCGGAGGAGAGGCUGGGGUGGGAGCCAGUGGGCAAGAUGAGGUGUUUAGCAGUGGGAGGUGGGCAUGUGGGCUUCUGGAGAGUGGGGGGUUAAGGACUUCACCUAGUCAAUCUCCCAUCUGCCCCACAGUCGGCUACGCCUCGUCUCUGGAGCUUCAGCUCUCCAGGAACCUCAGUGACGACAUGAAGGAGGUGGCCAUCUCUGUGAGAAACGCCAUCCGCUCUCCACCAGGGCCUGUCGUCCGGGACACCGCCUGCCAGACCAAUGGAUUCACCACACGAGGCACUCAGACCACCCAGACCAUCAGUGUGGGUCUUCAGACGGACCUACUGAGGAACCUGACCAGCAGCCCCCACCGCUGCCUCACCCCGAAAGGAGGCAGCACGCCCAUUUCCUCCCCAUCACGCAGCCUGAGGAAGAUUCAGUACUCUCCAGUGGUCCAGAACAAAUUUGAACGACCUUGCUGCUCGCCAAAGUUUGGCUCUCCCAAACUUCAGCGCAAACUCUCUGCAACAAGUAAAACCGAGCUACCCAACACCAGCCGCGCCCCCACUCCCACCACACCCCAGAAGGGCAACAGCGAGUCGGCAUGGGCUCGCUCCACCACCACUCGUGACAGCCCCGUUCACACCACCAUCAACGACGGCCUCUCCAGCCUCUUCAACAUCAUUGACCACACCCCGGUGGCCUACGAGUCCAUGCAGAAGUUCAACAAGUCCCCCAGUCGCUCUCGCCCCACACCGCCCCCCACCACCGAGCCCAGCCCUGCUCACGGGGCUCUCGCCACAGACCCCAGAAAUGUGCCGGAGUGCUUGCGAAUGGCCAGAGGGCGUUCACCCAGCCCUGUGCAGCUGAUAGUAGAGACGCAGGGGGACAAAAACUCAGAGGUGGUGAGCAUACGUCAGGACCUGUCCGCCCCGCCGGGCUACACGCUGGCUGAGAAUGCAGCACGCAUCCUCAAUAAGAAGCUGCAGGAGCAGAACCUCAGAGAGGAGCGGAGGCUGCAGGCCGGAGGACAGAGCGGCCACGGCAGAGACGACAGCAGCAGACAGCCCGACUCAGACAGAGGACAGUCUGCGUGUAUGGAGGACCUGCCCCGCUCUCCCGUGGCUCCGCCCCUGGACUCCUGCUUCCACAGACCGGCCCGCCCGGCCAACCGCAGACCCCCGUCACGCUGGGCCACCCGCUCCCCCUCCUCCUCCCCCAAGGGGUGCGAGGGCUCGAAGAGGAGGUUCAACUUCCCGCCGCCGGGUCAACGGAAGACCAUCCUGGAGGGCGAGGAGCUGGCGUGAGUCCGUCCUCUACCUCCUCUCGCCCUCCUCCACCUCAGCCUAGAAAGACCCAGUACCUCAGAAGCCCCUCCCCUCCAAAUAUAGAGACUCCCUCAGAGAUGGAGCCUGACGGGGGGGGGUGGGAUACACCCAGUAGCACCAGCCGACCAUCGAGGAACCAGAACUUCUUCGUAGAAGAACCUGGAAUGUACUGUAGUCUCAUCAGUUAAGACACAAAAACUACAUUUCCAUAAGAGGUGCCUGCACACACUUAAGUUAAUCAUCAUCCCACAUGUGUGUAUAUAUAUAUAUAUAUGUAACUGAUACACAUAUAUAUAUAUUAAACUUUAGUAACUGUCUGUCAGCUGUUGCAUUUGUAAGUUUACAUCAUUAUUUUUCUCAUGUUUACACUUUUUCUUCUUCUUCUUCUUCGUCUUAUACGUUGUCCGACAUCGAUUCAUGUUCAAACUGUUUUUUGAUAAAAAAGAUUCUUUCAUUUAUUUUGUUUUCAGCGUUUGAAGCUUGAACUUUCUGUUGAGUUUCAGUGAGAGAGAGAAAACAACACAAACAAAUAAACAAACAAAGAAAAAAAAACACCUGCUUCAUCGGGGCUGAAGCAGAGACACAUGAUGUCAUUUCUGAUGCUCUUGUCCUCAUUUCUUUUUACACUGGGUUGAAUGUUUGGCUCCGUGAACUUAUGCAUAUUCUGAACGGAAGGCAGUUGUACAAAUAUCAGUGAAAUAUUUGCAUGCCUUUUCAACACUAGCAUGUACAUACGAGCUCUUGUCAUUUGUGAUCACUCAGCUCCGCCGUGAGGAAGAAGAUAAAAAAACAACGUUGUGCUGGAGUUUUUGUUUGUCACAUGAUUUGCAAUGACGAGAACAAAAACAAGUUUUUAAGUCAAUUAUUGUAUCAACCAGACUGUCUUUGUAUAGUUGUUACUAUUGGAUAUGAAUUACUUUGUCUUUUGACAAGAAAAAGGGAUUGUGGGGAAAAAAAUAUGAAUGUUUUAAAUGAAGAGUCUACGUCAAAAAGUCUAAUGAUCUAUAGUCAUAUGUAAAUAGU